AUGCUAUCUGAACUUGCUCUAGCUUUUGCGCUGGGUGCGCAGACUGCUUUGGGUAUUGGAAAUUCUGCUUGGAAGCUGAAGGGAAUGCAGUAUUUAGUCACGUUUGGCAAUAGUUAUACUGAUGAGUCGAGGCUCCUGUACUUUAUUGAACAUCAGGAUGCUCCUCCUGUUGGGUGGAGAGCGCCAGAGAAUAACGUUACCUCGACUGGUGGCCGUAUAUGGGCCCGUUAUGUGAGCGACUAUACAGGUGCGGCGCUUUACAACUACGCCGUCAGCGGCGCAACUUGCUCCAACGACAUCACGCCGCGAUACUUUAGCCCCAUCAACGACAUAUUCCCAUCUGUUGACCAAUACGAGAUCCCUGCCUUCAUUGAAGAUGCGUACCAUCAAGAUCCAGAGACAGGGGAACCAUUCCUAUCUCUUCCUCGGAGGGAGACUGUCUACUCCAUCUGGAUUGGUACAAAUGACCUAGGCAACGGGGCGUUCAUAGACGAUUCGCAGGUUGCUGGAAAAACACUUCUAGAUUAUGUCGAGUGCGUCCUCCGUGCAAUUGAGGGUCUUUAUGACCAUGGUGCGCGGUAUUUUGUGCUCAUGAAUGUGGCGCCAUUGGACUUGUUGCCUCUAUAUGCGUUGCCUGAGAUGGGUGGGGUGCAGGGAGGGCCGUUUUGGCCGGAUAAGCCAGAUAACAUCACCCAGGUUUCGUGCCGGAUGAGGGAAACUGUUGUGGCUGUGAAUGAGAUUAUAGAGUUGAAGAUAGAGGGUUCGAUGCGCCAUCGGUAUAAGGGGGCAAGUAUUGCUCUAUUUGAUACGUAUUCUUUGCUUACGAGUAUGUACUACCAUCCAAGCCAAUACUUCACUGGCACUGAACCGCCCAGCGUAGAGGGCUGGGUGAAGCAUUGUGAUGCCCAAGGACAGAACUGCGAGGAACAACCCAGUCCAGACUCUUUUAUGUGGUAUGACGAGCUACAUCCAUCAGAGCAAACGGGUAGGAUCAUCGCACAACACUUUGUUCAGGUUGUUGAAGGGGUGAGCGCGUAUACGAAAUAUUUUGACUGA